AUGAACGUUCCUAGAGUAUACGCUUUGGGUAAUGCACCCCUGGUGCACUUGAUGUGCCAUGAAUUAGCAUCUUUGAGCUUCCAGCCUAAGGUUCCAGAGGUUGUCCUUUUGCUACAAGAUCAAAAGAAACUGAAUCGAUUCUUGGAGAAUGAGUCCAAAGUAGAGAUUCAAAGAAACAACGGUGGUUUUGAUGGUGUCAAGCAGUACAUGGCAUCCUGUUCGCCUCCGAAAUUUGCUUCUGGAGAGAUUGCGCGCAUUGACAAUCUUAUAAUUGGAGAGAACAAUCCGAGAUCCUUCAUCGAUUCCAUUAAAAAAUACACUGAAUCCAUCGAUUGUGACACGAAUUUACUACUGUUAAAUCCAAAUAUGGGCGUGCGGGAUAUGCUUCGAAAGAACAUAUGGCACGAGCAAGAGAGCUUGCCUAAUUUGUUUAUGGGCAUCACUAAUUUGGAAGACGUUUGUCGAACCGCGGAGUUCACUAUCCAAUUUCCUGGUUUUCACGAAGCUCUUCAAGUUUGUAGUGUACCAAAAACACAUAUGGGCUACUCUUAUGAGCAAGACGUGCGAACUACCGAGAAGCUGAGUACAACAAAUAGCCUAUCAAGACUAUUAAAAUCUGUCAACAAAGAGGAAACUGGCUCUGCAAUGGGUGUAGUAAGCCGCCCCUACGGAGAUCUCCUACUUUAUCGUUACGAAGAGCUAAUCGUUCGAUCAUGUGUGGCACCCAUUAGUGUGAUGUACGGUCAACAAGCUCAUGAUCUUCAAGCAAGUGAUUCGUUAACAAAAAUGAUUCGAACACUGGUAGCAGAAUUCACAUACACAAUCAAAGCAACUGAUAAAUUUAUUCCACUGAUACCGCAUUCUAAAGGAGCCUUGGAUCAGCAUCGACUAUUUUCAACAGUGUCGCGUCAUUUCAAGAAAACCAAAUACAGAGACUUUAGGAGACCAACAAUCAAUGACAUCAAUCUUUCAAACGGCUUUUUUGCCUUGAAGGCGCGAAAACUCAAUAUCAGAAGUCCGUUAAAUGACACCAUCAUGGCAUGCGCAAAGGCUAAACUUCAGCUAGCACGGAAAUCGGAGUUGGAUUAUAGAUACUUGUAA